CUGCCCGGAAAGUCAAAACAGCCCAAGUGUGACUUUCAAACAGCGAGCGUCUUACACCGCGGGGUCUUACACUCUUCUGGCACGUAGUUAGAAGUUUAGCACUGAAGUCGACAAGGCGUUUUUUUGUUGUUGAAGCUGGCUAAGCCACAUUAUUGUGCGGUUUGUUUUAAGAGCGUUUCAGCUGUUGUUUUGUCAGAUAAGGAUAUAUAUAUAUAUUUAGCCAUAUAGCCAGGAGACGUUAGUGUUUAGUGUCGCGGUAAAUUAUUAUAACUGGAGCUUCAGACUAUCAAAAAAGUAAAACUUGCUCUGUCAAUAUCCAGAACGAAGAGAAAAUGGGAGAAUCCGGCGCUCAUAUCCGUUCAGGAUAUGAACGGUUGACAGCAGAAGAAAUGGAUGAACAACGCAUCCAGAAUGUGGCCUACCAGUACCUGUGCCGCUUAGAAGAGGCCAAGAGGUGGAUGGAGGCAUGCCUGAAUGAGGAGCUUCCACCUCCGACUGAGCUGGAGGAGUCACUGAGGAAUGGAGUUCUGUUAGCUAAGCUUGGCCACUGCUUUGCUCCAAAAAUUGUUCCUCUGAAGAAGAUCUAUGACCUCAACCAGGAACGUUACAAGGGGGUUGGUCUGCAGUUCCGCCACACCGAUAACAUCAACCACUGGAGGAAUGCCCUAGUGGAGGUUGGCCUCCCAACGAUUUUCUACCCUGAGACCACAGACAUCUAUGAUAAGAAGAACAUGCCACGAACUGUCUAUUGUAUCCAUGCUCUCAGCCUGUACCUUUUUCGUCAGGGCCUGGCUCCUCAAAUCCAUGACCUUUGUGGCAAAGUCAAGUUCACAGAUGAGGAGAUCAACAACAUGAAGCUGGAACUGGAUAAAUACGGUAUCCAGAUGCCUGCUUUCAGCAAGAUUGGAGGAAUUCUAGCUAAUGAGAUGUCAGUGGAUGAGGCUGCUGUGCAUGCAGCGGUGAUAGCCAUUAAUGAGGCGGUGGAGCGGGGCUGUGUGGAGGACACGGCACAAUCACUGCGCAAUCCCAAUGCCAUGCUCACUAACCUGCAGGAGCAGCUCAUGGCCGUCUACCAGGAGAUGCUCCGCCAGGCUCGUGCUCACAAAGCAGCCAAGGCUUCUGCUAAAGCAAAUGGCUCCAUGGAGAAGGAUAUUUAUGAAGAGUAUCUGACACAAAGUGAGAUUCAAGACAACAUCACUAAAGUUAAUGUGCGUGCAGCUGUAGAGCGUGUGGAUGAGGCAAUAGACUGUGGCGAUGCCCUGGCUCUACUCUCAGCCCUGCAGAACCCGAGUCUUGGCCUCAGAGGGCUGCUUAGAGAUAAUUCGGACUGGUAUCUGGAACAGCUCUCAUCAGACCGAGAACAGAAAGCCCUGGAUCUGGGGUGUGUGGACCCUCUGGAGAGAGAUGAGCUGCAGGAAGGUGUCAGUGUGGCCAAUGAGGAAGCUCAGCGUUCACAAACAAUGCUACAGGCAAUAUCCAAAAUCAAUGAGGCUUUGCGGUGUGGUGAGCCACGUCAGACAGUGCGUGCCCUGAUGAACCCUGAUGCCCACCUGCCUGAUGUCUACCCUUUUGCCGCUGAGCUUUACCAGAGAGAACUCGCUCCACUGCAGCAGCAGUGCCCUCAGGGUGACCUGCAGCAGGAGGAGCUGUUUGUGGCUAUAGAAAUGUUGUCUGCAGUGGCAUUGAUAAACCAGACACUGGAGGCUAAAGACAUGGGAGCAUUCUGUGCCACUCUGGUCAGCCCUGCUGCUGGCCUUGCAGACGUUGAUGACAGCUUAAUGCAAAGGUAUUUUGAGGAGCUUUCUGAACUGAAGAAGAAGGCAGGCAGAGUGCUCCUGACCUGGAAUGAGCUGCAAAGUGGCGUGAACGGUGUCAACACGGCAGCUCAGGAGGAGCAUGACCAGAUCCUGACUAUUGGAUUGAUCAACCAGGCCCUCAGUCGCAGUGACCCUCAGAAAACUCUGGCUGCGUUGCUGCUGCUCUCUAGUGGCCUGAUAGACGUAGUGCCACAGAACGGCAAACGCUACCAUGAUGUACUGACCCGUCUCAAGAAGCGCAAGGCAGAGAUGAGUCGGGACCCUGGAGCAGAGCUGUGGUUGGCUGAUAUUCAGGAAGGAGUGAGCCUGGCUAACCAGGAUACUCAGAAAGCUCUGAAGAUGUCUCUGGGUCUGGCUGCUGUUAAUCAGGCAGUGAAGGAAGGUAAAGCCUCUCAGACCCUGCGAGUGAUGCGUUUGCCAGAAGUGGCUCUGAGGAGUGUGGUAGCUGAGUGUGCGGCUGCGUACCAAACUGAGCUGUCAGCCUUGCUCCGUGCCAAGCACAUGGAGGGUGAUAACAAAAGCCCAUGGAUUAGGACAAAGAUUCUAGAUGGCAGCUUUUACUACUUCCAUCUGCAAAAGCUGGAGGGUGUCUGGGAGAGACCUCAUGGAUUUGUCCAGAAUAGCAUCUUCCUCAGCCAUGAAGAAAUCCAGGCCGUGUGCAACAGUGUAACUAUGGCACACAGUCGGGAGGUGCAAUGGAAGGCCAACGAGCUGUUGGUGGUGCAGCUGCAGGCCCGUGCACGAGGCUUCCUCCUCCGGCAGAAACUUUCUGAGCGCCUGCACUUCCUCAACACUCAGCUACCUGCCAUUAUAACCAUCCAGUCUCACUGGCGGAGGUGUCUGCAGCAGAGGGCCUAUAGGAAUAGACUGGAGUACCUCUAUCAGAACUGGAGAGCGGUGGUCAAAAUCCAGGCAUGGGUGAAGAUGACGCUAGCUCGUAGGAGAUAUCUGGCUCGUCUGCGCUACUUCAGAAGACAUGUUGGUGCCAUCAUAAAGAUCCAGGCUUUCUUCCGAGCCAAUAGGGCACGUGAAGAGUACAGGAUGCUGGUACACUCCAGUACUCCACCUCUGUCUGUGGUGCGGAAGUUUGCCCACCUGUUGGAACUGGGGGAUAAUGAUAUCCGCCAGGAGGGGGAGCUGCUGCGCCUGCGGGAGGAGGUUGUGCGCACCAUCCGCUCCAACAGACAACUGGAGGCAGACCUGGACCUUAUGGACCUGAAGAUCGGCUUGCUGGUCCGGAACCGUGUCACGCUCCAGGAGGUGGUGUCACACCAUAAGAAACUCACCAAGAAGAACAAAGAAGAGCUGUCUGACAUGAUGGCCCUGGACAAACACAAAGGUCUCAAGUCCCUGAGCAAAGACAAAAGGGAGAAGUUGGAGGCUUAUCAGCACCUGUUCUACCUGUUGCAGACCCAGCCAUCAUACCUGGCCCAACUCAUAUUCCUGAUGCCACAGAAUAAGAGCACACGUUUCAUGGAGACUGUCAUCUUCACUCUCUUUAACUACGGCUCAGACUGUAGAGAGGCAUAUCUGCUGUUGCAGCUCUUUACUGCCGCCCUCCGCCACGAGAUCAAACUGAAGGUGGACCAGCCUCAGGAGGUAGUGACGGGGAACCCCACAGUCAUAAAGAUGCUGGUGAGUUUCUAUCGUCAUGCUCGUGGCCAGAAUGCAUUGAGGGAGAUUUUGGGGCCAGUGGUGCGUGAGGUUCUGCAGGAUCGCACACUCAGCAUUCGCAUAGAUCCUGUGGAGAUAUACAAGAGCUGGAUCAACCAGACUGAGAGCCAGACUGGCCACAAGAGCUCACUGCCAUAUGAGGUGAGUGCAGAGCAGGCAGUCAGUCACCCAGAGGUGCAGCAGCGUUUAAACAUUGCAAUCACUAACCUGAAGACUCUGACUGACCGUGUGCUCCACGCCAUCACCAGCAACCUACACAAAUUGCCGUAUGGGUUGCGCUACACUGCUAAAGUUCUGCGAGACUCCCUGCAAGAGAAGUUUCCUCAAGCCAGUGAGGAGGAGUUGUACAAGAUUGUAGGUAACCUGGUGUACUACCGCUACAUGAACCCUGCUGUGGUGGCUCCUGACGGGUUUGAUGUGGUGGAGUUUGGGGUAGGUUCAGUUCUUCUGCCUGAUCAGCGACGAACCCUCGGUUCCAUUGCCCGAAUCCUGCAACACAGUGCGGCACACAAGCCCUUCCACGGGGACUCUGCACACCUGCGUGCCCUGAAUGACUACAUCACACACAUGCACGGCAAGUUCAGGAAGUUCCUGAAAAUGGUGUGUGACGUCCCCGAGCCUGAGGAGCGCUUUAACAUCGAUGAAUAUUCUGAGAUGGUCAUCCUCAACAAACCUGUUAUCUACAUCUCUAUUGGCGAGCUCAUUAACACGCACAAGCUGCUGCUGGAGCACCAGGAUGCACUGUGUCCUGAUCAGAAUGAUGCUCUCUUCCUUCUGCUGAGGGACCUUGGCAAAGUGCCUUCUGUCCAAGCCCUCGUUGGAGAGGGGGUUAUCAACUCUGCAGACCCGAACCUGGAGCAGACUUUGGCUCAGUACAAUAAGAUGGAGGUAUCCCUCACGCUCACCAACAAGUUUGACAUCUUCAAAAGCUCUGAUGAGAAACCUGAUGCCCGAGGCAUUCUGCUUAGCACUAAGCAGCUGAUAAUUGAUGUGAUAAGAGCGCAACCUGGAGAUACACUGAGUGAGGUUCUCCGAUCCUCCGUCUCUCAGGAUCAGGAGGUGCAGCACGGCUGGAUGAUGCACCGCAGGGCGCAGCGAGACGCCCGCACCCCAGAGAAGAUGAAGAGGAAUCAGUCUCUGAUUGCUGACAGCAACCUGACGCUGGAGGAAAAGAAGAGGAAGAUCCAGCGCAGUCUGAGGAGGCUGGAGGCUCUAGGAGUACUUACUCCACCAGAUUCUGAGACUCAGAUACUUCAGCUCAUUGCCAAGGAUAUCCGUCACCAGCGUCUGCACCGGCAGAGACGGCAAGCUGAGCUGGUGAAGCUCAAACACACACUGCACAGCCUGCACUGCAAGAGCUCCUUCCACUCUGAACAGAUUGACUACUACAGCCAGUACAUCUCCACCUGCUUGCACAACCUCACCGCCAGUCAGACAAGCGGGAAGAAGGCACCAGACAGUAAAGGGAAGAAGAGCAAGCAGCUGACACUGACCUACACCGCUGCCCGGCUCCAUGAGAAGGGAGUCCUCCUGGAGAUAGAGGACCUGCCCAUCACACAGUUCAAGAAUGUGAUCUUUGACAUCAUACCCAGCGAGGAGGGAGGCACCUUCCUGGUUAAGGCUCGGUUUUUGGGAGUGGACAUGGAACGAUUUCCCUUGAAAUAUCAGGACUUGCUGCAGCUCCAGUAUGAAGGAGUCGCUGUGAUGAAGAUGUUUGAUAAGGCCAAAGUCAAUGUCAAUCUUCUCAUCUUCCUCCUUAACAAGAAAUUCUUUAAGAAGUGAUGUGGACCAAUGCUAGGCAGGUCCUCCUACUAUAUACACAAAACACUCCAAAAUUCAUAGCUCCUCUUUAUUUGAUAAAACACCACCAAUUGGACAUGUGCACUUUAUUAGAUAUUUGAAAAUAAGCAAGGAAAUAAAUAAAUGACUGGAAAGCCUAGUGAGUUUUAUAUCCACAUUGUAUGAUGACAUUAUUAUAACCAGAUGUGCCAGUAGCAGCCAAUAUUACUUUCUGGGGGUUGUUGGGAAUAUAUCUAUAGAGUAUAUAAUAGAUCCUCUUUGUUGAGCAGCAUUUUGUCUCUUUAUAACCAUGUAGUACUUGCAAAUUAAUAUUCCAUUAAUACUAGGCCAUUUUAUAUUCCAGAGGGAAAGGUAACACUUAAAGCUUCUUUGCAGUAUAUUUUCUAAAAUAUCAGGGUUGGCUUAAAGUACUUUUAUAUGCGGACCUUUCUUUAACACUAAAUUCACGAUGAUCUGUCUUUUAUAUCUAUCAGCCAGCUGUGUUUUAAUGAGUAUUAUACUGUAUCAAAAGGGUAAUCUGUUAUUUGUAUUUAUUCCUCAUCUGUUUUUGAUAUUUUAUGUUUGUCUGUGUUAUCUGCUUAUGUAUAUCACCCCAUCCUUUUUCUUGUGUCUGGCAUUUACUGCAUUAUUAAUUGUGUGCACUUAAAUAGAGCGCUCCAUCUCAGCAUUACUCCAGCAGUAUUGGGUUUUACCCACCUACUUAUCAAAAGCUGUACUCCAAAACCCCACACACACACACACACACACACACACACACACACACACACACACACACACAGUCACUCCAUGGUGUACUCAGCAGAGAGCUGUGUUGUGUUGUGCUCCUACCAGUUUAGAUGCUAGUGUAUGACUGACGGCUUGGGCAUGCUUCAUUCUUCACUCAGUGCCAUGAACUCAACUGAUAAUGCAACAGUUUUGAGUCUCACAGCUGGUCUGAAACUCCACAGAGCUUGACUCGAGCUCAGUGUGAAGGUGUUUAUUGCAGCAGAAUGUCAGUGUUUAAGCUUUUAGUAGUAGUAAGUUCCUGCAGUGUUUGCGUAUACGUGUCUUUUUUUUUUUUUUUUUUUCUCCCCCCACUUCAUCAUAGAGUUGCAAUGUAUUGGUGUCAGAUUGUUGCUUGUUCAUGCUUUGUAUAUAUUUCCUGUCCACUUUUUUUUUUUAAAUCAUUUUCCUUUCUUCUACUGUCCUUGUGUUGCUCAUGUUGUGAUCUUUGACUCCAUGUUACCUUAAAAUAUUUUUGUCACAAAGCUAUUUUAAAAUAAAGGGUCAUUUCUCUUA